GAAAAAUAAAUAAAAUCCUGAAAUUGUACUUAAAAUGCCAUCUAGAAUAUAGUUAGACAACUUCUUACGAUGCGAUGAUCUUUUUUAGAAAGGGUAAAAAUUAUGUUCACACACGUAUUGUGAUGUAAAGUAUACGUAAAACAAAAAUCUUUAAAUUACAACUCUAUUCAUUUUAUUAUAAUAUUGUUAAUAUAUAAUAUAUAAAAUAAUAUGUUACCACGAUUGUAUGUACGUGUCAAUCAAAAAUUAUUAAAUACAUCUAUAAAAUUUCAAAAAACAACAGAAUGUCAGUUUAGUGGACUCGCUUAUAACUUAACAAAUAUUCCUUCGAAAAAAGAUUGUGUACUCAACGUUCAUAAACGUUUAAAAGUUCAUGAAAUAUAUUUUAUUCGAUGUGAAAGCACAACACAUAUAACAACAAAAGAAAUUGUAUCAAAUACAUCAGAUUCACCUGUAACACCAAACAUAACAGAUACAAAUAGUCCAGUAAUAGAAAAAGAUCUUAUACAUGAAAUACCAGAUAUACCUGUACCAAUAGUUGAAGAAAUAACAAAAACUAUUAAUUUACAUGCAAAUGGUGAAGCUACUUUUGAAAGCUUAGGAUUAGGUGGAUAUGGUCCUUUUGGACUUCUUCAAUCUUUUUAUGAAUGGCUUCAUAUUAGUUGUGACUUACCAUGGUGGGCAACAAUUAUAUUAACUUCCACAGUUAUCAAACUCUUAACAUUUCCCUGUUCAAUAGCUAUACAAAAAAAUAAUGCUAAAUUAAAUAAUGUUUUACCACAAAUGGUAAAAAUACAAGAAAAUAUGACGGAUGCAAGAAAGUGUGGAAAUUCAAUGGAAGCUGCUCAAUAUGCUUCUGAAUUACAAACACUGUUUUUAAAAAAUAAAAUCAAGAUAUUUCCAAUAACCAAUUUUAUAAAAAUUGGUGCUCAUAUACCAGUAUUUGUUGCUUUAAGAGGAAUGACUAAUAAACCUGUAGAAAGUUUAAAAGAAGGUGGACUCUUGUGGUUUACAGAUUUAACUAUUCCUGAUCAAUAUUAUUUGCUACCAUUAUGUACUACUGUAACAAUGUAUGUUAUUUCUACACGUGCAUUGAAUAAUAGUGGAAAUAUAUCUCCAGUAAUGCGACAUAUGUUCAAAGCAAUACCAGUUGUUUCAUUUUUAUUUGCAAUGAGAUUUCCAGGAGCCAUUUUAUGUCACUGGACUAUUUCAAAUCUUAUAACUUUGAUAGAAAAUCAAUUAUUAAACACACAAAAAAUAAGAACGUAUUAUAAUAUUCCAUCUCUUAUAAAACACAAACACGAUGUAAGAGAAGGUCAAAAAAAAGGAUUUAUAGAAACAUUUAAUGAUGCUUAUAUUAACAUGAAAAUAUCUAAUAGAUUAUCAUCUCUAAAACAUGCUGAUAAGAUACAAUUUAAUGAGGAAGCUAAAGGUCCUUUGAAGAAGACGUUUAAAUAUAAUCCAGUGGUAAAUUUAUCAAAACAAACAUCAGCAUCAAUGUCAGCAGUGAAAAAAUAAUAUUUUAUGUACGAAAUCUUAUAUAUAACAUUUCUUUAUUUAAUUAAUUGUAGAUUUAAUUGUAAUAAAUCUCUUGUAAUAAUUCAAAAUUUAAUUCAAUAAAUAAGAAAAUAAU